AUGGAUCCUUCCUCCACAAACUCUGUCACUGGCUUCUACAAUUUCCUAACCCGAGGAAUCGAUGAUCUCGAACGAGUUUUCCUGUCUAACAAUUUCAUGUCAAUUCAAUUCCUUCAAAGAAAUUUGUCCCUCUUGAGAUCAUUCCACAAUCAGUUGACCCUUUUGGUUCAAAAACUUCACUUGCCAGUUGGAGAAAAAUGGCUUGAUGAGUACAUGGAUGAAAGUUCCAGGCUCUGGGAAAUUUGUCAUGUUCUUAAAUCUGGAAUUUCAGGCCUGGAAAAUUUUUACUCCGCAGGAUUCAACAUAACUUCUUCCCUCGACAGCCAUCGACGUUUAAGUCCACAACUUACGCGUCAGGUUAUUCGAGCAAUAUCAGGAUGUCAAAGGGAGGCUGUGGGAUUGGAGGAAGAGAACAGAUCACUAAUGGAGACAAGAAUUGAGCCACUUUCAUUAAGAUUUGAAGAGAAAGUUUCUGUAGAAUCAAAACUGAAUGGAUUCAAUGGAUUCAGGGGAGUUUUAUAUGCAAUGAAAAACGUGAAUUCAAUUUUACUGAUUAUCUUACUCUAUGGCCUGGUUUUCUGCUGGCCCGAGUCGAAUUUUUCAAGAGGAGGAUAUGAAGGGUGCUUGUUCUUUGGAUCAUCCUUUAUGAUCUCAACUGCAAGAUUGCAGCAGAGGGUGGCAUCUGAGAUCAAUCAGAUGACAUUCAGCGGCGGGAUUAUGCUACACGAGUUUCGACUAUCGAAGAUUGCCAUGGAUGAGCUGAGGGGAGAAUUGGAGAGGAACUGCUUACAAGGAACUGUAGAGGGGGAAUCAGAAGUUGGAAUAAGAGAAAGAGUGGAAAAUUUGAAGGGUUGUUUUGGAGUUUUGAGAAAUGGUACUGAGAAUAUCAUUGGACAACUUGAUGACUUUUUUGAUGAGAUUGUUGAAGGAAGGAAGAAGUUAUUGGAUUUAUGCAGCCAUAGAUAG